AUGGUGACAGCGCCCGCCGUGAUGCCCGCAGAGGCCGUGAAGGUGAGCCGCCAUUACCACGGCGAGUGCGAGGCCGCGGUCAACAGCCCCGCCGCUCUGGAGGUCCACGAGUCCUUCCAGUGCCUGGCCAGGGCCUGCGCCCUUCACCACCACCACGACGUGGCCUUGAAGCUCGUCGCCCACUUCCUCCUGCUCCUCUCCCACGAGCACAGCAAGAGGGCCAAGAGCCUGAUGUUCCUGCUGAACCGGCAUGGCAGCCGGUUCUCCUUCCUCGACAUCAGGAUGCCCAAGACCCAAGAGUGGGAGAGCAGCCUCCAAGCCAUGCAGGACACCCUGCACCUGGAGAAGAGCGUCAGCCAGAGCCUGCUCGACCUGCACCACCUGGCCACCGACAGCAGCAACGCCCAUCUGUGCCACUUCCUAGAGAUGUGCCACCUGGACCAGCAGCUCGAGUUCAUCGAAGAGCUAGGAGACCAUCUCACCAGCGUGCGCAAGUUGAGGUCCUUGGAAGGCGGUCUGGUGGAGUACGUCUUUGACAAGCUUACCCUGAGCAACGGUGACAAGGAGGACUGA